AUGGGUGGAGCAGAGCGCAGGCGAGGCGCCCGCCCAGCGCGGGGACAGGGAGUGGGGUCUCUCCGCGGCGGGGGCGCCCUGCGCGGGGCCUCCAGGGAGCGCAGAAGUAGCGACGAGGGGCGCGCACGCAGCGCCCCGGAGUCGGCCCGCCCGCGCCCUGCAGCCCGCAGCCGGCCGGCCAGCUGGGGGACGCCCGCGCCACGGCCCGGGGACCGCCGGCGCGCCUCGCUCGCCCGCUCCCGCUCCAGCCAGCCUCGGCGCGGCCGAACUAGCUUCCCGUGCCCCUCGGACCUCGGCCGGGAUCCAGGCGAGGAAGGCGCGGCUCGCACCAGCCAGAAGGGAGCCACCGUCGCCGCCAAAGGAAGAGUGCGGCUACCCCGCUCGGUGCGCCGCGGGGCGCGCCCCGAUGUCAGCCGCGGGGCCGAGCGCAGGCCGCGGGCCGCCGCUGCCCUAGCCGCGCUGACGGGGAGGCGGCCUGUUAUAUGGAAUUUGGACCACGGCGCUCCCCUCCAGGGCUGGUGCCCCGGCCGCGGCCCUGGCGCAGCCCGUCGCCUCCCGCUAGCCACUCGCCAGAAGGAGGAGACGCAGCCGGCGGCGCGCGCGGCGCGAGGACCCAGGCUCCCUCCUCUGGGGGGCGGGCACGCGGAAGGCGCUGGUGACUGA